AUGCCUCCACAAAUAAAACAAGACCUCAACCGUUCCGGUUGGGAAUCGACCGACUUCCCUUCCGUCUGCGAGUCCUGUCUACCAGAGAAUCCAUACGUCAAGAUGAUGAAGGAAGACUAUGGCGCCGAGUGCAAACUGUGCACGCGUCCAUUUACCGUCUUCAGCUGGUCGGCCGAUCGUGCUCACGGCCGCAAGAAGCGCACCAACAUCUGCCUCACAUGCGCGCGCCUAAAGAACUGCUGCCAAGGCUGCAUGCUCGAUUUAUCAUUUGGACUGCCGAUCGUGGUCAGAGACGCCGCGCUCAAGAUGGUCGCGCCCGGCCCGCAGAGCGAGAUCAACCGAGAGUUCUUUGCGCAGAACAACGAAAAGGCCAUCGAGGAUGGCAAGGCAGGCGUUGAGGAGUACGAGAAGACGGACGACAAGGCGCGGGAGCUACUGCGUCGGCUUGCGCAGAGUAAACCCUAUUUCAGGAAAGGGAGGGGCGUGGAUGAGGACGGUAACUUGAUCUCGGGACGCGGAGGACCAAGCAGGACUGGAGGCGACCCGGCGGUUGGAGCGGGCGUUGGUGGCCCAGGCCCGAUACGGACGCGGGAUUCUCGUGCGGCGGAAGCGUACACUGGGCGAGGCGGUGGUGGCUCUCGUGGUGGGCGCGGUCGAGGAGGGCGACGUGGAGCAUUCCCCAGCGCGGCACAACUCCCACCAACCGAGAAGGAUUGGCUCCCACCAGACGACAAGACCGUCACCUCGCUGUUUGUCACCGGCGUCGAGGACGAUUUGCCGGAGCACAAGGUCCGCGAUCAUUUCAAGACUUUUGGCAAGAUCAAGUCGCUGGUCUGCUCACACAUGUCACACUGCGCGUUUGUCAACUACGAAACGCGUGAAGCGGCCGAGAAUGCGGCCAUGGAGUGCAAGGGCCGCGCGGUCAUUGCAGGGUGUCCGCUUAGGGUACAUUGGGGUAAACCCAAGGCGGUUGGCACCAUGAACAGGGAGGAGAGGCUGGAGAUGUUGAGGGAUGGGCGUAGCGCCUUCACUCGGGCUUCCAGCAGAGGUUCAAGAGGUGGUGCUGGUGGAAGGGGAGGCCGUCAUGGCGAGGGCGGUGGCGAUGAUGAUUAUGCUGGAGGUGUUGCAGGAGCAGACGAUAGUGCGCCUGUGGCUGCUCCUCCAGGGGCCGAAGACGUGCAAUAUGCAAGUCUAGCAGGAAAUUAA